GGCUCGGGGCGCUGAGGGCGGCAGGGCCGGCCCGGGAGGAGCCGGGUGCUCUCGGCUCGGCUCGGUCCGGUCCCGUCCUCCGGCGGCAGCGGCGGUUCUGAGCCGGGAUGUGGCGGCGCCCGGCUGGGUUCUUGCUCGUCUUCGCGGCCGCCACGGCCGCGCUGUGGCUGCUGUCGGUGCGGCUGAGCGCGGGGCAGACGCGCAGGGCGCUGCGAUUCCCGGCGGACCUGGAGGAGCUGCGGGAUCUGGCCGAGGCGCUGCGGGACUACGAGCGGCAGCACCGGGGCGCGGCGCUGGCCCUGUUCUGCGGCGCGUACCUGUACAAGCAGAGUUUCGCCAUCCCCGGCUCCAGCCUCCUGAAUGUCCUGGCUGGAGCACUCUUCGGGCCAUGGAUGGGGCUGGUGCUGUGUUCAGUGCUCACAUCUGUGGGAGCCACCUUCUGCUACCUGCUCUCUGCAGCUUUUGGCAAGCAGCUCAUUGUUCACUUCUUCCCUGAGAAGGUGGCUCUGCUGCAAGGGAAGGUAGAAGAGAACAGGAGCAGCUUAUUUUUCUUCUUGCUGUUCCUGAGGCUGUUCCCCAUGACACCAAACUGGUUUCUGAACCUCUCGGCUCCCAUUUUAAACAUCCCCAUGUCCCAAUUCUUUCUCUCCGUCCUCAUUGGCCUUACACCAUAUAAUUUCAUCUGUGUGCAGACAGGGGCCAUUCUGUCCCAAAUCACCUCUCUGGAUGCCAUCUUCUCCUGGGACACACUGCUCAAGCUGCUGGCUAUGGCUGUGGCAGCGCUGAUUCCAGGGUCCCUCAUCAAGAGAUACAGCAAGAAACACCUGAAGCUGGAUGGGGACAAGCAAGCUCAGACACUCAAUGGCAAAAAGAGCUCUUGAUGGCUUAGGUGCCCCAGUUUUGGGGUAAAAGCUGCAGGACUGUUCCCAGAGGUUAUAAUUCUGCAUGCUCUUUGCCACCAAGGACAGUGGCAAUUUUUAAUUGUCCUUCUCAUCUCAGAGGAGGUGUCCGUUCUUAUUUUUAAUGAAUGUUUACCUGUGCGUGUACCUGCACGGAGAGAGAUACAGGGGCUUUGUGAACACUCGGUUAAUUUGCCUGUUUCAUU